CUCAAGGCCAACUGGUCAAGUCCUCAAUAGCCCAGCGGCGCAACAACCACUUGAAGACUUGACCUUCUAUCUCUUUCUCUCUCUCUGGCUUUGCUGAGUUGCUGCGCUUCACUGCUCCAAUGGCAGCUGCCCUUAUUCCUUCAUCCUCUUAUACUCGCAGGAUGAAUUAUGUAUGCUUCCAUCCCAAUUUGAAAUGUGUGGCAUGCUUUCCUGUCCAUUUCGAGCACCCGAAACGUGAGGUCAAGCUUUAUGCAGUGCCUCGUCUUACCGUUGUGAGUCUACACUCUUCUAAGGUGUGUUGUGAGAUUGGAUCACCAAGAAUGUAUAGUGGAAUUGAAUCGGGAAAUGGGCGUGGUUCUAUUGUUCCGCAUUUUCAAAGGCAUGUGUCUUACAAAAGGUCUGACACUAUGCUUGAUAGCUCAAGUCACUCCUUGAACACUGCAAAUGAUUUUGAGAAGCAUCUACAAGAGUUAUUUGACGAAGUCAAAACUUUAAUUUCAACAGGGAAGAGAAGUGAUGCCGCAGAUUUACUUCAAGCAAAUUAUCAAGCAGUGGAAGAGCAAUUGGAUGCAGGAUUUUCAGGCGUAGAAGAAGCUGCAAUUCUUGAUAUCAUUGCUUUAGGAUACAUAGCUCUUGGUGACUCGAAGAUGGUUGAAUCGUUGUUAGAUAUGAUGAGCAAGAUUGUUGAUAAUUUGAAUGAUGAUGAAAUGUUACUGGAUUCAGUACUUAUACACAUGGGAAGCAUGUAUUCAUCAUUGGGAAAAUCUGAGAAGUCGAUGCUUGUGUAUCACAGGGCUCUGAAAAUAUUGGAGAACUUACAUGGCAGCCAAAGUAUCUUUCUUGUCACGCCACUGUUGGGAAUGGCUAAACAUCUUGGUUCAGCUGGAAGAGCUGCAGAAGCUGUAGAAAUCUACCAAACUGUAAUUACUAUUGUGGAGUCAAGUCAUGGUGUUGGUAGCAUUGACCUUGUGUUACCUUUGUCUGGACUUGGCAAUCUCCUACUCAGUCAAGAGAAGCCUAAUGAAGCAGAAAUUCCUUUUACCAGGAUUUUGAAUCUGUAUUCAAGGUUACAUGGAGAAACUGAUGGAAGGGCUGGCAUGGCUCUUUGCUCCCUUGCCCAUGUGAAAUGUGCUCAAGGGAAUGCAGAUGAAGCCAUUCAGUUAUAUAGAAAAGCUCUUCAGGUCAUUAGGGAUUCAAAAUACAUUGCGUUGGAUGACAACAUGAUGGAGAAGAUGAGGCUAGAUUUAGCCGAAUUACUUCAUAUUGUCGGAAGAGGUAACGAAGGCAGAGAACUAUUGGAAGAGAGCUUGGUGAUCACGGAGAAGUUUAAAGGAAAAGAUCACCCUAGCUUGGCCACCCAAUUCAUAAAUCUUGCAACCUCCUAUUCUUUCUCAAAGAACUAUGUAGAAGCAGAGCGCUUACUCAGGAUAUCUUUGCGGGUCAUGAUGAAGUCCGCUGGCCCGGAUGAUCCAUCCAUCACCUUUCCUAUGCUGCAUCUUGCGGUUACCCUCUUCAACUUAAAACGGGACAAAGAAGCUGAAAGACUUGCCGUUGAAGUUUUGCGCAUCCGUGAGAAAGCAUUUGGAGAAGAAUCCCUUCCAGUUGGGGAGGCUCUAGACUGCCUAGUGUCAAUACAGACCAGAUCAGGAGAAGACGAUGGCGAGUUGCUGGAGCUCCUGAAGAGGGUGCUCAGAAUCCAAGAGAAAGAGUUUGGUUUUGAGAGUGAAGAAGUAAUGACAACCCUGAAGAAAAUUUUGUUUUACCUAGAUAAAUUAGGAAAGAAGCAAGAAAAGUUCCCUGUUCAGAGAAGACUGUCUGUUUUAAGGAACAAGUACAGGAAUAAAGUUCAAUAUUAGCUGCAACUUUCUCUUCCAUUAUUUUUUUGUAACCUGUUUCAUACUGUAUGUAGCUAAUUUUUAAAGAGAAUGUGAAGGCCGAAGCGUGUGAAUGUUUAAUUUAGCACAACGAAA